CCUCCCAGGGAGUGGCCAGUGGGGUUAGUGCCUGGUGAAAUAGAGCUAGAAAGAGAUGAAGGAAUGACUGUUUUGUAAAUCCAGGAAAAACUUAGAGGAAAGCUUCUGAAAACAAGCUACGUGAGAGGUCCCAAACCACUUCCCUUGGAGUUCUCCUUUGAAUGUGAAAUGGGCCUGAGCCACUCUAAGGCUCACCCUAGGGUGACAAAAGUAGUGCCCUUGCAAAACAAAGAGGAAGAAACCUCCUCAGCCUGCGCCGUGGACUUUGCAUUCCAUCAGAAUCUGGAAGAAAAGAGUUUAUAUUCCCUUGCGAGACUGCAGGACCAGAAUAAAGCUUUGGAAGUGCAGCUGCCACCUCUACGAGAGACGUGGUAUGGAAGAUAUUCUGCAGUGCCCAGGGCCAUGUAUUUUGACAUUCCACGGGAAGAGGGAGAAACCAGUAUUAUUAAAAGGCAUCCACCCAGAAGACCUCAAAAGCUUGAACCCAUUGACCUGCCACAAGUAAUUACUUCUGGAAGUCUCCUGAGCCAGCAAGAAGCUGGGAAAACACAAGAAACAAAGCAGGAACUGGAAAAGAAGAUGCAAACUCCAGCAUAUAUCUCUGGGAAAAGGCAAUAUUUACAUAAGAUGCAAAUGUUGGAAAUGAACCGUAAAAGACAAGAGGCCCAAAUGGAAUUGAAGAAAAAUCUUCACAGAGAGGUGAGAAUUAAUAAGCAAAAACUGAGAGAACAUAAAACCAAGAAAAUCCUUCAAAAUGUCCCAAGAAAUGAUGACCACAGCCUUCUAACUGUGUUGCCUGAUGAAACUUUGAACAGAGGAAAUUCAUGGGAUGCAGAACUUUUUGAAAAUCAAGCAGGGAAUGAAUACUGUCCACAGAAAAUUGGCAAAAUGGAAACAUGGUUCUGUGAACAAGCGACCCAAAGACGGCUUCCCUGGGACAGCUGUAGCUCUGACUCAGACGAGAGGGGAGAAGAUGAGAAGAAACCACGAGUGCUUGUGAGGACCAGGACAGAGAGAAUCCCACUUUUUGAUGAGUUUUUUGAUCAAGAAUAAGACUGUCGUUCACUACUCUAGAUACUGAGUGCACUGAAAGCUUGCUUUUCCGUAAAAAUUCUUCUAAUGUAUGAAUUAUUCUGAGGAAACCAACUCACUUUCUUUGGUAAAAAGAAAUGAUUUCAGAUUGUAGGAAGAUGGCAGAGUAGGAAGCUUCAAGAAUCAGACCUUCCACCAAAACAUCUACUGAACUGGCAGGAACUGUCUGCAUCACCUAUUUGGAGACUCUGGACUCCAGUAGAACACUGUGCAGCAUCCAAGGAAAAGCAGGAAGAAGAGGCUGGUAAAUUGAGAUAAAUACUGGUGAAUUUCACCCUCUGAGCAGUGGCGGGCAGCAGUGGGGUCCACAGCCGAGCUCCUGGUGCAGCUUGCUGGUGCCAGGGUGGGAUAUAAAGACUUAGUCAUCCAAAAUCCAAGGUUGGGGGGUCUGAUUGCUGAUCACUGCCUUUCAUCAACUACUUUAGCUCGCUGGGGCCAGGUCUAAGGGCACCCAUUGUCACAUUCCCCUCCAGGCAAAUGCAGUAAAAGAGUCUGGUAGACUACCCUUCCUCAAAAUUGUGUAAAACAUUAAAGGGUUGCAGUAACUGGGCUAGUGCUGAAUCCAGAAAACACAGUUUUAAAAGUGGUAGGAGAUGCAUCUGGGCACCUGCUGACCCCUCUCCUGCUCCCGGCCUGGUGCAGUGUGAAGCCAGCCUGUACUCCCGUCAUGGGUCCUGGCCCUGUUCUGGUGGGAGAAGAGUAACCCCUAUGGGCAUUCUGCAAUGCCUGUAUGUUGGCGCCCAUUAAUCAGAAGGCAGCCUGAAAGACUGACAAGGGAUAGUCUUCUCAAGUUUGCCCAACCAGAACUGCCCUCUAGGCAGAAGCUGCUUGGGACAGCUAAAGCAGCCUGGGGCAAAGGUUUAUCUGCUUCAAGUCAUACAAUAGAGUACACAGGAGAGGAACAAAGUCUGUUUCAUGAGGAGCAGGGGGGACAUUCAAGGUCACUAGCAAGCAUGAGCCCAGGACCAGAAACAGACUUAUAAAAGACAGAGAGGACCUGUGCUUAGCAUUUGCCUCAGGCUGAUCUUCUUGAUAUGAGGGCUAAACUCUGAAGGAAAACACCAGCCAAGGCAGAGCCAACUUGCCAAGACUGUGAAAGGUGCUUCUUGCCUUUGUUUCUUUUUGUUACUUUCUGGCACUCAAGGAAAUCUCUGUCAUACCACUAGCUGGAUACAACUUAGGGAACAGACAGCUCAAGGGCUAAAUC